AUGGAGUUCUGGCCCGAGUUCUUGGCGAGCAGCGGCGGGCAUGAGUUCGUGGCGGGGGGCGUCGGCGGCAUGGCCGGCGUGCUGGCGGGCCACCCACUGGACACGCUCCGCAUCCGCCUGCAGCAGCCGCCGCGGCCCGUGAGCCCCGGGAUCACCGCCGCGCGGGUGGUGCGCCCGCCCUCCGCCGUCGCGCUACUGCGCGGCAUCCUCCGCGCCGAGGGCCCCUCCGCGCUCUACCGCGGCAUGGCCGCGCCCCUCGCCUCCGUCGCCUUCCAGAAUGCAAUGGUCUUCCAAGUCUACGCGAUCCUCUCGCGGUCGCUGGAUCGACGGAUGUCCACCUCCGAGCCCCCCUCCUACACAAGCGUGGCACUCGCCGGCGUGGGCACGGGAGCGCUGCAGACGCUGAUCCUGUCCCCCGUGGAGCUCGUCAAGAUCAGGCUGCAGCUGGAGGCGGCGGGGCGGAAGCGCCAGGGGCCGGUGGACAUGGCCCGGGACAUCAUGCGGAGGGAGGGCCUGCGCGGCAUAUACCGCGGGCUCACGGUCACCGCGCUCCGGGACGCGCCGUCGCACGGCGUCUACUUCUGGACGUACGAGUACGCGCGGGAGCGGCUGCACCCGGGCUGCCGGAGCACGGGGCAGGAGAGCCUCGCCACCAUGCUCGUGUCCGGCGGCCUCGCGGGCGUCGCCAGCUGGGUCUGCUGCUACCCGCUGGACGUGGUGAAGUCGAGGCUGCAGGCGCAGACGCAGACGCACCCGCCCUCGCCGAGGUACCGCGGCGUCGUCGACUGCUUCCGGAAGAGCGUGAGGGAGGAGGGGCUCCCGGUGCUGUGGCGCGGCCUCGGCACGGCCGUGGCGCGGGCUUUCGUCGUCAACGGCGCCAUCUUCUCGGCCUACGAGCUGGCCCUGCGCUUCUUGGUGCGCAACAACGGCCGCCAGACGCUGGUGAUGGAGGAGAUGAAGUGCCAUGAUCACUGA